CGUUCUUCUUACUCAGUUUGCCGAUUUCUUCUUCCUCUCCGGCGAACAAGACCCGAGAAUUGAGAUCUUAACAAUGGCGUCACAAGGCUCUGUGAUUUCUGUAUUCUCUAUUUCCUUGCCAUCACUGAACGGUUCAUCGGCCUCGGUGUCUCCGACAUCGCGGUCGUCACUGUUUUCCGGCUUUUGUUUCCGCAAACACCAAUUACCGCUCCAAUUCACUGCUUAGAGAAUUUAAUUGCACAUAUUGCUCCUUGAAGUGGAAAAAACGAUUCCCCUUUCUCCUCUUGAUUUUCUAAUUAGCAAGGUUGGGUAUUGUGUGGAGCAGCAGUCUUUAAGAUUUUUGCAGCAGCAAAAGAAAAAUGACUACGGAAAAGAAUGAAGGAAGUUUUAUACAACAAGCCAUUCCACGCUUUGAUGGUCACUAUGAUCACUGGAGCAUUGGGAGUUGGUAGAACCUGGAUAUGUUGAACCAGCUAGCGAGUCAUUGCAGACAAAUGCUCAACAGAAGAAAAAUGAUGAAAUGAAGCUGAAGGACUUGAAAGUGAAAAUUUAUCUUUUCCAAGCCAUUGAUCGCACAAUUCUGAAGACCAUUCUCAAGAAAAAUACUGCAAAAGAAAUAUGGGAUGCUAUGAAGAAAAAGUAUGAAGGAAAUGCAAGAGUCAGGCGGUCUUAUCUUCAAGCUCUUUGUAGAGAAUUUGAAAUUCUUGAGAUGAAGUCUGGUGAAGGGGUGACAGAGUACUUCUCCAGAGUCAUGAUUGUGGCAAAUAAGAUGCGAACUUAUGGUGAAGAUAUGCAAGAUGUAAAAGUAGUUGAAAAAAUCCUACGCUCCUUGACUGACAACUUUAAUUAUAUUGUUUCUUCUAUUGAAGAGUCAAAAGAUCCCAACACUCUCACUAUUGAUGAAUUACAAAGUUCUUUAAUAGUACAUGAACAAAAGUUUCAACGACGAGGUGGGGAGGAGCAAGCCUUGAAAGUGACAAAUGAUGAAGGAAGAGGUCGUGGUAGUGGCAGCUAUAGAGGAAGAGGUCGGGGAACUUUCAACAAAGCCAAUGUGCAGUGUUUUCGAUGCCAAAAAUUUGGAUAUUUUCAAUAUGAAUGUUCUGAAAACAAAGAAGCAAACUAUGCUGAAUUUGAUGAGGAAGAAGAAAUGUUUUUGAUGUCUUAUGAGGAAAAACAUGGAGUUCAAAGAGAAGAUACAUGGAUUCUUGAUUUUGGGUGUUCAAAUCAUAUGUGUGGUGAUCGAUCAAUGUUUAGUGAUCUCAAUGAAGAUUUUCGACAUUCAGUGAAAUUGGGAAACAACACUAGAAUGAAUGUCAUGGGCAAAGGAAAUGUAAAGUUGCUCAUAAAUGGAGUUAAUCACGUUGUUGCUGAGGUAUAUUACAUUCCAGAUUUAAGUAGCAACCUAUUGAGCAUAGGACAAUUGCAAGAAAAAGGAAUGUCGAUUUUGAUCAAGCGAGGAGAGUGCAAAAUAUUUCAUCCAAAGAUGGAUUUGAUUAUUCAGAUCAAGAUGAGCAACAGUAGGAUGUUUACUUUGCAAGCUCAAACUCAAAUAUCUUGGGGAAUUGACAAAAAUAGGCCAAAAAUGGGGCAGAUAAAGACUUUUAGGAUUGAUUGUAAAAAGGUUGACAUUUAGGACAAAUUGGAGGUGAAAUGACGAAAAUACCCUCAUUUAAUUUCAAUUCACAUUUAAUUUCCUCCUUCCUCUUUUCUUCUUUUUACUUUUCUUCAACCCAAAAACAGAGAAGGCAGUUCAAAAAAAAAAAAAAUGUAAACCUCCCGCAUUUGAACUCUCCCGCCUCUGCAGUU